AUGGGACAACGUAAUGAAAGACCAAAAAAUGAAAACUAUUUUGAAGGUGUGAUUCCGAGAUAUACAGACAUACAGUUUGCAGAACACUUUCGCAUGUCGCGAAUAACAUUUGAGGCACUGCUAAAUAUAGUAGCACCAUUAUUAAAUCCAGACGAAUAUGUAAACGUAAACGCAUCAAAGAAACUUCUAUUUACAAUAUGGGUUUUGGCCAAACAAGAAAGCUUCUUAGCUACGGGUGACAGAUUUGGUUUACCUAAAUCUACUGGUCAUAAUAUUUUCAGAAGUAUUAUAACCAUUUUAUCGAAUAUAAUGCCCCUUUAUGUCAAAUGGCUAGAUGCUAAUGAGUAUUUAAUAUCCUGCAAUAUUUUUGAGAAUCGUUCGCGCGGUUUUCAAGGAGUCAUAGGUGCAAUUGAUGGUUGCCAUAUUCCAUGUAAACAACCAAUUAGGAAUCCACAUGAUUAUUAUAAUCGCAAAGGGUUUCAUUCCAUUAUAUUACAAGGAGUAUGCAAUCACAGAGGAAAAUUUAUAGAUUGCUUUAUUGGUUUGCCAGGUAGAAUGCAUGACGCAAGAGUAUUUAGACAAAGUCCAUUAUUUCAAAAUAUUUCGAAUGCAAGAGUACAUUUCAUACCACGACAGUUACACUUAAUAGGCGAUUCAGCAUAUCCAUUGAUGGUAAAUCUAAUGACACCAUAUAGAGAAAAUGGUCAUUUAAUAGGUCCACAAAUACAAUAUAAUACGAAAUUAAGCCGUAUUCGUUCAAUUAUUGAAAGAGCCUUUGGACUGUUAAAAACAAAAUUUAGAAGACUAAAAUACUUAGAUAUCGCAGAUUUUGAUCUAGGAAACAAAAUGAUUGCAGCUGCAUGUACAUUACAUAAUUUCAUAAUAGAUGGUGAUAAUUUAAAUGUAGAGGAUGAAGAUUAUUUAGAAGAUGAAGAUGUAAAUGAUAUAGAACAGGCAAGAAGGCAAGAAGAAGUAAUAGAUGCUGUAGAAAAGCGAAGAAAUAUUACAGAUCAACUAUAA